AUGGCGACAAACAUCGUAUUAGACACCACUAUGGGCAGCAUCUCCGUCGAGCUCUACGUCGACCACGCCCCCAAGACCUGCCGCAACUUCGAAGGCCUCGUCAAGCGCGGCUACUACAACAACUGCCCCUUCCACCGCAUCAUCCCCGACUUCAUGAUCCAAGGCGGCGACCCCACCGGCACAGGCCGCGGUGGCUCCUCAAUCUACGGCGGAAAGUUUGACGACGAGAUACACCCGAAUCUCAAGCACACGGGCGCCGGGAUCCUGUCCAUGGCCAACUCGGGGCCCAACACCAAUGGGUCGCAAUUCUUCAUUACGCUUGCGCCAACGCCGUGGUUGGACGGCAAGCACACCAUUUUCGGAAGGGUCACCUCGGGCAUGCGCAUCGUGCAGCGGAUGGGGCUCGUCAAGACGGACGCGAACGAUAAGCCGAUCGACGACAUUUCAAUCAUCAAGGCGCGUGUCGUGGUCGAGGGCGAGGAGUAA